AUGGGACGUCGGGCUAAACAGAAGCAAGCGGCCCCUCCUAGUCUUGAGGAAUUCCGCGGUGAAAAGCGCAAGGAGCCUGAGAAGCCCAGCCGCCGUGCUUUGAAGCGUGCCAAAAAGCUUGAAGCCGAGAAAAAGGCCAAAACCGAGCCCACCACCCCUAAAAACGACGACGAGUACGACAGCGACGAACUCGAGGAGGCUAGCGCCGAUCUUUUCGAAGACAGCGAUAAUGACGAUGAUCAGGUACGUCCUAUGUUCAGCGACGAUGAGGGCGACAAUGACCAGCUCGAACAGAUGAAUCAGUCAACUGCUCUUCACUUUAUGGAUAGCGACGAGGACGAAGAAGAUCAGGAGGAACAGGAUGAGUUCGACUUUGGCUCAGAGUCCGAGGAAGAGGACCCCGAUUCUGAUGAGGAUGAGGAUCAGGACGGCGAUGAAGAGGAAGAAGAAGAAGUCGAAGAUCGCUAUGUUGAAGAUGACGAAGAACAGGCUCAAGAAGGCGAGGGAGACCUCACUUUGCCGUCUAUCCGUAUUCGUAUCAUGGAAACCGUCAAGAUUCUCGAGAACUUUGCCGAUAUGAACAAAGGAAAGAGCCGCUCGUUUUACACUGAUCGCCUGCUAAGUGAUAUCUGUGACUACUACGGCUACUCUCCUUUCUUGGCCGAGAAAUUCUUCCAGUUAUUCAAUCCCGCCGAGGCUAUUGAGUUCUUCGAGGCUAACGAGGUUCCUCGUCCAAUGACGAUUCGCACAAACACUCUCAAGACCCGCCGCCGGGAUCUUGUUCAGACCCUAAUCAACCGUGGUGUCAAUCUUCAGCCCAUCGGUACUUGGACCAAGGUUGGUUUGCAAGUUUUUGAUUCGCAAGUGCCUAUUGGUGCCACUCCUGAGUACUUGUCUGGUCAUUAUAUUCUACAGGCUGCUUCUUCAUUCUUGCCUGUCAUGGCCCUUGAGCCUCAGGAGAAUGAGCGUAUCCUCGAUAUGGCCGCUGCACCUGGUGGCAAAACCACGUACAUCUCCGCUCUCAUGAAAGAUACUGGUGUUGUUUUUGCCAACGAUGCCAACAAAGCUCGUACCAAGUCUCUCAUCGCCAAUAUCCACCGUCUUGGUUGCACCAACACCAUUGUCUGCAACUAUGACGCUCGCCAGUUCCCUAAGGUCAUUGGCGGUUUCGAUCGUGUGCUUUUGGAUGCCCCUUGCUCUGGUACUGGUGUCGUGUCCAAGGAUCCUGCUGUAAAGACCAACCGUACAGAAAAGGAUUUCAUUCAGCUUCCGCAUCUGCAGAAGCAGUUACUGCUUUGUGCAAUCGAUUCUGUUGACGAGAAGAGCGCGGGCGCCACUAUUGUUUAUUCUACAUGCUCGGUUAUGGUCGAAGAGAACGAAGCAGUCGUUGAUUAUGUCCUACGCAAGCGACCUAAUGUGCAGAUUGUAGACACCGGACUCGAAAUCGGUAAAGAGGGCUUUACCUCUUUCCGUGGCAAGACUUUUAACCCCAAGCUUAAGUUGACUCGUCGUUACUACCCCCACACUUAUAACGUUGAUGGCUUCUACGUUGCCAAGUUCAAGAAGAUUGGGCCUUCCCCUGUUUCUGCCAAUGGAGCCAAGGAGAAGGAUCUCACCGAGGAGCUCACCCAGCCAUUUGCCGAGUUCGAUGAGGAGGCUGAUGAGCAGUUUGUCGAGCAGUCACUCAAACGCGCUCAACGUAAAAAGGGUCAUAACCCCAGGGCUCUGCGGCCUGGUAAAAAGCAGUAG